CCAUGGAAUUUAAAACAAACGAACAAAAAUAGCUCCCCUUGGGUCUGUCCAGCUAAAUUCUACUCUGAGUGGACUCACUGGAAUUAAUGUGUCUGAAUUAAUUUUAGUGUGGGUCUGAUCCAAGUAUGACUAACAUAGGAUACAACCUCUGCUUGGCAACUACACCACACUAAGCUCAUAACAGUAAAAUAGAAGCAGUAUGUAGAAUUGGAUGUGAAUGCAAAGAAGUAGGAAUGGAUAGAAAGCCAGCAUGCUAAACUACUCCUCUACUGGCAAACAUAUCACUGUGAUGUCAUCUGUUGAUUUGUUUCGACUCCAAAAGCUGUGUUGUGUGAGCGUCUUUUUGAGGAGGAGAAACAAAAUACAGGAUUUCCUUUAGUACAGUCAUAGCUCCCGUCUCCGAACACCACUAGCACUUCUACCCAAUUCCUCAAGACAGUUUUAGAACUCGUGAUCCUGUAAAGAAAUCUAGAUCGUGGUGGAAACGGUGCUGCUGUAAAGCUCAAAAGAUGCAUCUGCUCAAAAGAAACCCAAAAGACGCUCGCUUUUCUUCUUGUGGUUGCUACCGUGUCAAAGAAUGAAUGGAAACUGCAGUGAGGUAUCUUCUGAUUAGCCUAUAUGGCCACUGACCUGAUCAAGAUGUUGAAGAACCAAUCAUCAGAAAAUUGUCCUGACCCUCCAAUGCAUUUCCAGGCCUCUUUGUAUGCAGUCAUCUACAUCAUCAUCUUCGUUCCGGGUCUCCUGGGAAACAGCAUCGCCCUUUGGGUUUUGUGCCACUUCAUCAAGAAGAGGAGCAAAGCGGUAGUUUUCAUGAUGAAUUUGGCUGUAGCUGACCUGACCCACGUCGUCUCUUUGCCCUUACGGAUGUAUUACUACAUCAACCACAGCUGGCCUUUUGGGGGCUUCCUUUGCCAGCUCUGCUUCUACCUCAAAUACCUUAACAUGUAUGCCAGUAUCUGCUUUCUCACCUGCAUCAGCAUCCAAAGGUACCUCUUCCUACUUCACCCUUUCAAAGCCAAGGACUGGAAGUGCAGGUAUGAUGUGGCCAUAAGUGCUGCCAUAUGGACUGUGGUUGGAGCUGCUUGCUUACCUCUCCCAAUCCUGAGGAGUCCUCGCUUAUCAAACAAUACCAACAUCUGCUUUGCUGAUCUCGAAGUUCAACGGUUGUCUAUGGGAGCCUCAAUCACUCUGGUGAUUGUAGCUGAAUUCUGUGCAUUUGUGGCCCCUGUUGUGAUAGUCAUUUACUGCACUUGGAAAAUGAGGCAAUCCCUGCAGGAGCCCCACAGUCCUUUGCAGCACACCAAUGAGAAGCAGAAAGCUUGGCACAUGAUCUUAGGGUGCGCAGCUGUGUUUUUCAUAUGUUUUACACCGUAUCAUGUGAAUUUCCCUAUAUUUAUGAUGGUGAAACAAAACAUGGUCACAAACUGUUCUGUACGGCGUAGAGCUUUAUAUUUCCAUCCCAUUUCUUUGUGCCUCGCAAGCCUCAAUUGUUGUCUUGAUCCAAUUCUCUACUACUUCAUGACAUCAGAGUUCCGGGAAAGGUUCAAGUGCAGCAGUGCUUGCCCCUUGAGCUGCCUCAACAGUCUUGACAGCAACAGCAGCAGAACCUCUGACGUUGAGCUGAAAAGCAAGGCAGAUAACAAAAAUAAAAAUGUCUUGAUGGCAUACUUUUGGACUCUUAGGCCACACGAUGGCAUGGAAUCUCCUCUCUCUUGUUAGCGAAGGGAUGGUUCACACAUGGGUUUUACUUCACUUGCUUCUCUUAGGGACUCAGCACUUGACACUCAGCUGAAUGUGUGAACAGGCAACAUUGAAAAAGUAUUGCAUCUGAGUUGUUGCUGAGUGACAUGAAAGUUCUGUCUCUGAUAAUUAAUCACUGAUGGCUUGAGAGCAGUCAUAUGAUAUAAAUAUUAACCAGUCAUUUUUAGAACCUGCCAGAAUUGGGACAAAGAAUCUGUGUGCCGCUGCCACUGGGGUUAUAAAGUGCAGCAGACUCAAGGAGGUGAAAGUGUUCUGCAUUAACUCCACCCAUUCAGGGCAGCCAUUGGUUUCCCCAACCUCAAAGAGUAGAUAGAGACAUAAUAACAUAAUAAGAGCCCUGCUGGAUCAGGCCAAUGGCCCAUCUAUUCCAGGAUCCUCACAGUGCCCAACCAGAUGCCUGUAGGAAACGCACAAGCAGGAUCCAAGCACAAGAGCACUCUCAACCCACCCACCCACCAUGAUUUCCAGCAACCAGUAUUUAGAAGCAUUAUUGCUUCCAGGUCAGGAUAAGACUUAUGGAUGGCGUCCACAAACAAAACAGCAGCUGCCUUUUUUCCUCUCCAGAAUGAUGUGCUGUCUGGAGAAUGAUGGGGAAAUAAAAGAGCCACUGCCAAGAAGCCUCACUCCCAAUAAAGGAAGAAUAUGUGGCAUUUGCCUGUUCUAGUGGAAAUGUCUGUACAGGGGGAGAGGGUUAAUAUGUAGACCAAUAGAAAAGCCAGAGACGGAGCCUACCUGUUUUUAAAAGGUUUAGCCAGAGGUUUAGACAGUUGGGAAAAAGCAGUUGGGAAAGCAGUUGGAAGACAGAUGAAAACAGGGAGACAGUCAGUGCAGUUGGUUCUUGUGUGAGGGGAGGUAGAAGAGUUAGAGACAGGAUAAAAUAAGACUAGGAGGGUAAAGGGUAAUAGCGUUUCGAAUGCAUUUAAAGUUUAUUUGUGUUUGCAAUAAACUACAGUCUUCAUUGUUAACUUGAGAA